UUACGCUCAUUCGUUUUAUUGUUAAGGCUGUGUUUGGUUUUUGAGUGAUAAAAACGCGUACCGGUUACAUUUAUUAUAGUUAAAAAGUGAAAAUAAUUAUACAAAUAAUAAAUUUUAAUAAAAAACAAAGUAUAAAAAAUUUAUUUUGUGAUAUAUUAAAUUAUAAAAUGUUUAAAUCAACAAAAAAAACUAAGGAUCCAACAAAAAGUAGUAAUACAAAAAAUUUAAAGGUAAGUGAAAAUAAUAUUAUGACAGAAAGAGAUAGCGUAGAACAAAAACAACUGUUUAGCUCUAAAGUUGCAAAUGAACAGCCUACCAACUUAAGUGGAAAAGGUCGUAGUUCAACGCCGCAAACUUCAAAGAAAACUUUAGUAAAAUCAAUAGCUUCGAAGCAAGAAUCUGAAACUAAAUCGUCGUCAAUUGAAAGAUUGUCAAGUUCUUCAUCUACGACAACAACUGCUGUUUCAGGUAAAACAAUAAAGACUACCACUACCGUCGAUAAAGACGGAAAUAUUCGUACUCAUGUUGAAACAGUGGAAGAUUUACCUAAAAAAACAACUAAUACAACUGGUGAUAAAUUAAGCACCAUAAAUCUAUCAACUCAAUCUUCUGGAGGGCAAGUUAAUUUAUUCGGUUCUUCUAUGAAUAAUACAGACGUAUCUCAAAAAGUUUUCAGCGAAACUCGGCACAAUUCAUCAAUUAUUGGCGAUGAAACAAGUAGUACAUUAAGCUUGAAUAGCUUAAAACUUCCAAAUACUGCAAAAGAUAUCACACAAAAUGAUGAUUUUUACUCUGUUAAAUUAGUAAAUGGAAAGAUCAUAAAAUCAUUGAAUACUAAAAAUGAUAUAUCAGAUGGUUUACUUUUAAACAAAAAAAGUAAUAAAGAAACACAUAUUAAGGAAUCUGAGAAAUCUACUUCAAAAAUAAUAAAUGAACCUUUGGUUCAGCAAAAACGUAUAUCUCAAUUAGAAGAAAGUGAAGUUCAAAUAAAAUCUGAUGAUAUAAAAUCAAACACUGAAAACAGUAAAAUAAAAUCACAUGAUAAGUUAUUUACCAAUAAUAAUAUAACUAUUUCUUCAGACAAUUCACAACCUAACCAAUCUAAUAAAAAUCUGUCUACAUUAAAAUCAGUUUCAAAUAAAAUGGACAAUAAUAGUUUAAAUGUAUCAAAUUUUGUAGCUAGUGCACAAUCAUCGUAUACAAGUUCAAAGAAAGAAACCCAAAAAUCAGAUUUCUUGACAUUAAGAAAUUCAAAAACACUUUCAAUGAAAAAUGAACAGUCUUUACCAAAAAUACAAACAACUUCCUCUAGUUCUACUGAAGUUGAACAAAUAGAUACAGAUAGAUUAUCUGUUCGUAUGAUUGGAGGUAAAUUAAUAAAAGAAUUUAAAGAACCAGCAAGUGUCACAAAAACAAAAUCAAAUUUUAACAAUAAAUCGUUAUCCAGUGACUUUAAUACAUUUACAACGAAUGAACAGUCAUCAUUUUCAAAUGUUGAAGAAACCAGUGAAUCUAGUUCAAUAUCCUCAAAAGUCUCACAAAAUAUUAAAAAUGCUAAAUUUGACAAAAAUGAUAAAUCUAAAACAAAAUCAAAAGUAAUUACAGAAAAUACUUCUUUAACUACUAACGAUAACACUAAGGUAGGAGGAUUAAAUAUUCGUAUGGUUGGUGAUAAAUUAAUAGAAGAUUUUAAAGAUAUAAAACCAAGUUCGAAUAAAAAAUCGCUGCCAAAUAAUUUUAGUACAACUUUAAAAACCAGUGAACAGUCAUCAAUUUCUAAUACUAUUAAAGGAACCAAUGAAUUAAGUUCAAUGUCAUCAAAAACUUCGCAAUAUAUAAAUAAUUCUAAUUUUGACAAAAAAGAUAAGUUCUUAUGUAAUAAAGAGUCAAAAGAAAAUACAGAAAAUAUAUUUUCAGCUAAAAGUACUGAGAAAGAAGGAUUAACUGUACGUAUGGUUGGCGGUAAAUUAAUAAAAUCAUUUAAAGAGCCAACAAACCAGAAAAUAGUUAAAUCAAAUACUAACAUAGAUACAACGAUUUUGUCUAAUAACAUUAACACUAUAGUAACCAAUGAAAAAUCGUAUUUUUCAAGUUCAAAAGAAGAAAAUGAAAUGUCAAACUCAAUUACAUCUAAAAUUUCAAACUCCAUGGAUAAAAUACCUUUCGAUAAGAAGAAAGAGCCAAAAACACAAACAAAAAAUUUAUUACUAAAUUCUACAAUUUCUUUAGUAAACUUGGAUGAUGAAAAUCUAUCUGUUGAAAAUACAUUUUCAACCACAAACGAAAGUACUGAGAAAGAAACGGUACGCAUGGUUGGUGGUGAGUUAAUGAAAUCAUUUAAAGAACCAUCAAACAGAGUAAGAACAACAUAUAAUGUAAGUGACUCGGCUCAUUCUUUAAAUGACACAUCAUUAUAUUCAACGUCAAGUACUUUACAUGCUCAGUCUACUAAAAUCGCUGAUAUCCAAAUUUCAAGUGCAUCAAAAGAUACUUUAAUAAAAGACGAUCAGCCGAAUGCAUCAAACGAAAAAGAUUUUAAAAAUCAAAGUAGACCUCAAGUAAAACCACGAAAGAUAAAUAAAGAGCCCGCUGAUUUUUCAAAUGAUAUUACUGAUAAUAUUGUCCAUAGUCAAAUUUAUGAUGCAUCCCAAAAUACUUUUGUACAAUCACAUACAUUUUCUGAUGAAUCUGUUGUUCAAGGCUUUCACUUCACUUCGAAAAGUAGUGAAUUUUUUUCCGAUUCACCAACAAUAAAUCACAAUUUAAUUGAUACGACAGUUGUUCAAGAUGUUACUAAUAUAGUAUCAGAUACAAAUAUAGCCGAAGUAUUGGAUAGUAGAGUUGUUUUAGAAAAUGUAUUAAAAAAGUCAACAAUAAGUAAGUUAGAACAAAAUCUUGAAAAUCGAUCUACUUCGGAAUACACUGCACGAGAGAAUAAAUCUAAUACAGGCUCAAAGAAAAAACAAAAAGAAACUACAACUGUAACAAAGGAGCAAUGCAUUUGUGAGAUUUGUACUUGUGGCCGUCACCGCUGUUCACAUACUCCGGGAACAGAUGGACCUCUGUUAAGUUUGGAAUCAUCAACUAUACCAAAAUUAUCCACUACUAAAGAAGAAUACCAACCAAUCCCUUUAGAUCUUAUUGAUAGGCCCACAUUACAUAGACUUAAUACAGAGUUAACAUUAAAUGAAGGGAUAAUUGAAAAUAAAACAGCUUAUCGUACAGAAUUUGACAAAAAACACGCUGAACGUCAGUUAAGGUAUAAAUUAAUAGAUCAAAUACACCUUGAAGGCGACUAUUUGCCAAAAAAGCAUCAAGAUUUUCCAGGAGUUCCUGGCGACCGAUUCUUACCUUAUAAACCACAGGAUAACUUAAAACCCGAAGGAGAGUUUGAAAGACCCAUACGACCUAAAGUCGAAACAGUUGAACGUCCCAAACUAAUAAAACCAAACGAUAAUUUGAAACCAGAAGGUGACUUUAAUCGACCAAUACCAACUAAAGUUCAGUCAGCAGAUCGACCAUUGCCUAUCAAACCGAAAGAUAAUUUACGUCCUGAGGGACAGUUCGAUAGGCCAUUAAAACCUCAAUAUGGCCCCGGUGAACGCGCGCCUAUAGUUAAACAUCCAGAUAACUUAAAACCUGAAGGGGAAUUUGAAAAACCAAGUCCAAGUAUUUAUGCUCCUGGAGAUAGAGCUCCAAUUAAAAAACAUUCAGAUAAUUUAAAGCCUGAAGGGGUAUUCUAUGGUGAAAGAGCAAUAACAAUAGUUGCAAAAGGAGAAAGAGCAGAAAUACGACGCCAUGAAGAUCAACUAGUAAUUGGUGGAGAGUUCACAGAUCUUACAACACAAAAAGUUGAAUUUACCGGAGAAGCAAGCGAAAGACCACGUAUGAUUCGUAGAAAUACCUGGACAAAAUUAGAAGGAGAAAUUUUGAUGUCUCCUAAAAACAAAGAAGAGUAUCCGAAGCAACCAAUCAUUAAAAUAGAAAAAGGUAAAAAAAAAAAUGAUACAUUAAAUAUUACUAGUGGUGAAUUUUAUACAAAUACAUCAUCUCAAGAAGCGUACCAAAGACAUAAUAUAACAAAAACAAAUAUUAUAAAAAAAUGCAGUGAUAAUUUAGUUUGCGAAGGUCAAAUGAAUUUUGAAACUUCAAUUUCUUCUGAAUUCACACCAAAAUCCACUAACAUAGAAAAACCUGUUAGAAGGCGCACAUGGACAAAACAAGACGGUGAAAUAUUUUUUCAAACAACCACUUCAGAAAUAUUCAAAAAGCACAACAAAUAUGAUAUACGCCAAGAAAUAAUAAAACACACAGAUAACUUGAAAAUGGAAGGAAUGAUGAAUAAUACAACACACUCAAAAGAACAAUAUAAAAAUGUAAAAGCCGAAAUACCUAAUCGAAUAAAGCCUAAAGACAAUUUAAGAUCUGAAGGUGAUUUUGAAAGGCCAACAAAAGAACAAUAUAGAUCAGCAGAAAGACCAAAACAAAUAAAACCAAGGAACAACCUUAAACUCGAAGGUGACUUCCAAAAGCCUCAGACUAAAAUAGCUCCAAAAACAGACAAGAGAAAACUAAUAAAACCAAAAGAUACUUUAAAACCAGAAGGCGAUUUCCAACGACCACAACCAGAAGAAUUCCAGCCUGCAGAAAGACCAAAACAAGUGAAACCACAAGAUAACUUAUAUCCUGAAGGUAAAUUCGAAAGACCUGAAUUGCCUGAAUAUUCACCUGCAGAAAGACCAAAACAAAUAAAACCGUUUGACAACUUGAAACCCGAAGGCGAAUUUGAACGUCCUGUUUAUGAAAAAUUCAAACCUAGUGAACGCCCAACACCAUUCAAACCUACAGAUAAUUUGAAACCAGAAGGCGAAUUCCCACAACGUAUUAAAGAGACAGUUGGUCCCGGUGAUCGUGCACCAGUGGUGAAACCAAAGGAUAAUUUGUUCCCAGAAGGAGAUUUCCAACGACCACAACCCGAAGAAUUCCAGCCUGCAGAAAGACCAAAACAAGUGAAACCACAAGAUAACUUAUAUCCUGAAGGUAAAUUCGAAAGACCUGAAUUGCCUGAAUAUUCACCUGCAGAAAGACCAAAACAAAUAAAACCGUUUGACAACUUGAAACCCGAAGGCGAAUUUGAACGUCCUGUUUAUGAAAAAUUCAAACCUAGUGAACGCCCAACACCAUUCAAACCUACAGAUAAUUUGAAACCAGAAGGCGAAUUCCCACAACGUAUUAAAGAGACAGUUGGUCCCGGUGAUCGUGCACCAGUGGUGAAACCAAAGGAUAAUUUGUUCCCAGAAGGAGAUUUCCAACGACCACAACCCGAAGAAUUCCAGCCUGCAGAAAGACCAAAACAAGUGAAACCACAAGAUAACUUAUAUCCUGAAGGUAAAUUCGAAAGACCUGAAUUGCCUGAAUAUUCACCUGCAGAAAGACCAAAACAAAUAAAACCGUUUGACAACUUGAAACCCGAAGGCGAAUUUGAACGUCCUGUUUAUGAAAAAUUCAAACCUAGUGAACGCCCAACACCAUUCAAACCUACAGAUAAUUUGAAACCAGAAGGCGAAUUCCCACAACGUAUUAAAGAGACAGUUGGUCCCGGUGAUCGUGCACCAGUGGUGAAACCAAAGGAUAAUUUGUUCCCAGAAGGAGAUUUCCAACGACCACAACCCGAAGAAUUCCAGCCUGCAGAAAGACCAAAACAAGUGAAACCACAAGAUAACUUAUAUCCUGAAGGUAAAUUCGAAAGACCUGAAUUGCCUGAAUAUUCACCUGCAGAAAGACCAAAACAAAUAAAACCGUUUGACAACUUGAAACCCGAAGGCGAAUUUGAACGUCCUGUUUAUGAAAAAUUCAAACCUAGUGAACGCCCAACACCAUUCAAACCUACAGAUAAUUUGAAACCAGAAGGCGAAUUCCCACAACGUAUUAAAGAGACAGUUGGUCCCGGUGAUCGUGCACCAGUGGUGAAACCAAAGGAUAAUUUGUUCCCAGAAGGAGAUUUCCAACGACCACAACCCGAAGAAUUCCAGCCUGCAGAAAGACCAAAACAAGUGAAACCACAAGAUAACUUAUAUCCUGAAGGUAAAUUCGAAAGACCUGAAUUGCCUGAAUAUUCACCUGCAGAAAGACCAAAACAAAUAAAACCGUUUGACAACUUGAAACCCGAAGGCGAAUUUGAACGUCCUGUUUAUGAAAAAUUCAAACCUAGUGAACGCCCAACACCAUUCAAACCUACAGAUAAUUUGAAACCAGAAGGCGAAUUCCCACAACGUAUUAAAGAGACAGUUGGUCCCGGUGAUCGUGCACCAGUGGUGAAACCAAAGGAUAAUUUGUUCCCAGAAGGAGAUUUCCAACGACCACAACCCGAAGAAUUCCAGCCUGCAGAAAGACCAAAACAAGUGAAACCACAAGAUAACUUAUAUCCUGAAGGUAAAUUCGAAAGACCUGAAUUGCCUGAAUAUUCACCUGCAGAAAGACCAAAACAAAUAAAACCGUUUGACAACUUGAAACCCGAAGGCGAAUUUGAACGUCCUGUUUAUGAAAAAUUCAAACCAAGUGAACGCCCAACACCAUUCAAACCUACAGAUAAUUUGAAACCAGAAGGCGAAUUCCCACAACGUAUUAAAGAGACAGUUGGUCCCGGUGAUCGUGCACCAGUGGUGAAACCAAAGGAUAAUUUGUUCCCAGAAGGAGAUUUCCAACGACCACAACCCGAAGAAUUCCAGCCUGCAGAAAGACCAAAACAAGUGAAACCACAAGAUAACUUAUAUCCUGAAGGUAAAUUCGAAAGACCUGAAUUGCCUGAAUAUUCACCUGCAGAAAGACCAAAACAAAUAAAACCGUUUGACAACUUGAAACCCGAAGGCGAAUUUGAACGUCCUGUUUAUGAAAAAUUCAAACCUAGUGAACGCCCAACACCAUUCAAACCUACAGAUAAUUUGAAACCAGAAGGCGAAUUCCCACAACGUAUUAAAGAGACAGUUGGUCCCGGUGAUCGUGCACCAGUGGUGAAACCAAAAGAUAAUUUAGAUAUAGUUGGAGAACAUUAUAUGUGUCGGAAGGAUGAUUACGAUUUUAAAAGAGUUGAACAUCAAAAAAUAAUUCGUAGAUCUGACAAUUUAAGUUUAGAUGGAGAGUUAAUUGAUAUGAAUAGACGUAUGGAUUAUUCUUUUAAGCACGGUGAGCGAAGAAAUUUAGUUCAUCAUAGUGAUAACCUAAAAAUUGAAGGUAAAUUUGUUGAUAUGAAUUAUAAAAAUGAUUUUGUUCAACAUAAUAUUAAACAAGAAGUAAACGUUAUAAAACAUCAUGAUAACCUUAAACUUGAAGGAAAAUUCGCUAAAAGAUUCGUUCAAGAAGUAGUAUCCGGAGAAAGAGCUCCAGUAGUAAAACCAAAGGACAAUUUAAAACCAGAGGGUGAUUUUGAACGACCUUCACGUAAUGGAUACAGUCCAGCUGAACGUCCGAAGCAAGUAAGACAUCCAGAUAAUUUAAAACCAGAGGGCGAUUUUGCAAAAAGAGUACCCGAAAAAGUUGGUCCUGGUGAAAGAGCUCCAGUAGUCAAACCAAAGGAUAAUUUAAAACCAGAGGGUGAUUUUGAACGACCUUCACGUAAUGGAUACAGUCCAGCUGAACGUCCGAAGCAAGUAAGACAUCCAGAUAAUUUAAAACCAGAGGGCGAUUUUGCAAAAAGAGUACCCGAAAAAGUUGGUCCUGGUGAAAGAGCUCCAAUAGUCAAACCAAAGGAUAAUUUAAAACCAGAGGGUGAUUUUGAACGACCUUCACGUAAUGGAUACAGUCCAGCUGAGCGUCCGAAGCAAGUAAGACAUCCAGAUAAUUUAAAACCAGAGGGCGAUUUUGCAAAAAGAGUACCCGAAAAAGUUGGUCCUGGUGAAAGAGCUCCAAUAGUCAAACCAAAGGAUAAUUUAAAACCAGAGGGUGAUUUUGAACGACCUUCACGUAAUGGAUACAGUCCAGCUGAGCGUCCGAAGCAAGUAAGACAUCCAGAUAAUUUAAAACCAGAGGGCGAUUUUGCAAAAAGAGUACCCGAAAAAGUUGGUCCUGGUGAAAGAGCUCCAAUAGUCAAACCAAAGGAUAAUUUAAAACCAGAGGGUGAUUUUGAACGACCUUCACGUAAUGGAUACAGUCCAGCUGAGCGUCCGAAGCAAGUGAGACAUCUAGAUAAUCUAAAACUAGAAGGAGAAUUUGAAAGACGUGUUGUACAAAAUGUAAAAUGUGUUGAACGUCCUCAUGUAAUUAAACCACUAGAUAAUUUACGCAUGGAAGGUGAUUUUGUAAAAAGAGAGAACAUGUAUUCUACAAGAAAGUUAGAACAAGCAAUUAUUAGAAAACAUGUUGAUAAUUUAAAACUUGAAGGAAAUAUGCAUUAUGAACAUAAAAACAUUCAUGCAGAAAGUAAAAUAAAUCAAAUUCAGCUUUCUAAUUCUCAACAAAAUAUUCAUUCUUCUAGAAUUGAGGCAGCUGCAAACACCCUUGUUAAUAAUCAACAAAUAAUUAAUAGUAGUUUGCAUGGUCGCUCUCAAAUUUUAUCUGACUUAAAAAAUGACAGUAAUACAUCACAUAAUCGUUUAGUUAAACAAGAUCAUACGAAAUUUGGAGUUGAUAAUCUGGAAUUUAAACAAUCAUCUGAUAUGUCUUUUAGAAAAAGUUUAAAAUCUGAUGAGCACAAUGAAAAAGUCGAAAGGAAAAAGUGGGAGACAACACAAAAAAGAGAUUAUUUAAGAAGUUCAGUGAAUAAUUUAGAUUUAUCAGGGAAAAUAACAUCAUCUAAACAAUAUACACAUAAAAUAGGUGAUAACAGAUAUGCUGAGGACACAACAAAUCAUCAUUUUUAUCAUAGUCACCAUCAAGCCACACAAAGCCAUACUCAAAAAUCUACAAGAUUAAUAAAUGAGCAAGCUUCAUCAUCAAAGAAUGAAAGUGACGCAACGACUCAAAUACGAAAUAAUGAUUUAGAAAAAAGUAAAUAUACACUGAAAAAAAAUACUGAACAAAGUAAUAAACAAUCUAGGUUAUAUGAUAUAAGUAGUACUCAAAAUUCAGCUUUGUCAACUCAACAAAAUUCAAGUUCUUCAUUAGAUAAUAUCAGUCAACAAAGUCAGGUUGAAUCAAAUUUGAAUGCUUCAGUUUCUCAAAUAUCAAAUAACAAAAGUCCAAUUCGUCGCCCUGAAAGUUUUGUAAUUGAUUUAAAAUCAGAUUUGAGAUCUGAUUUAAAAUCACAGAAUGACCGUUUCAUGUCUAUAUCACGUAUAUCAAAAGAAUCAACUCAAGAUCAAAUAAAUAGACAAAUAUUUAAGUCUGAGUCAAAUGAUGAAAAUAAAAAUAAAGGAACUAAAACAUAUGAAUAUAACACAAAUGAUUAUCAGUUAUCAACUGCCGAUGGUUUGCUCAACAAAAAUUAUCUAAACCAUAGCCACACUGAUUCUAGAGAGAGUAUGUAUGAUUCAAAUAUAUCUCAUAAGAAAUCGAGCCAUACUUCAAAACAAACGAAUGAAAUUAAAAAUUACUCGACAGCAACUUAUAGAAAGUCCCUUCACAGUACUACUUCUAAUGUACUCAAUCUUGAUACUGUUGUAAUGGAUAGAAAAAACUAUAGUGAUGAAUCUCAUCACCGAAAAUCAGUUAUAAGCUCAAAUACUGAUUUAAGUAAUUCUGUUUUACAUCGUAAAGGUGAUGUUACCAUUAUUGAAGCACCGCAUACUACCUCAACAGCUGCAGCCGCACAAAGAAAAAGUAUUAACACUUUGGAUUCUGGUUUUGUUUCAAUUGCUCAAGACAAUCGCAAUAGUCUUAGUUCAAUGCAUAGACAUGAAAGAGUUACUAAGUCAUCUAAUAGAUCACACAUUACUCUCGGUGACACAUCAAUAACGUCAAAUAUUAGCCACUAUAAAAACGAAUACAAGCCAAGAGUGACUGGACCAUGUCCAGUACCUUUAAUUGAAAGAAAUCAAGCCCCCUUUAAGCACACAAGAGAUACAAAAUCUCAUAAAUUUUAUAAAUACACAAGCACCACUGAAGGGGAUCGAAAAUGAUAAUUGUUUUUUUUUAUGGCAGAAACAAAUGAUUCAUAUAACGCCUAAGAAGAAAAAAUUCCUAAUAUUCGUAUAAAACUAAUUUUAUUAUAUUAUUUUUACCUACAAUUAUGUAUCCUAUCUUUAUAAAUUUUAUAAUUUUCUAUAAUUAAUUUAAUAUUUUUAUUGAAACCUCUUUUGCAUAAUUUUAAACAUUGACUUAACGAUGUAAAUUAGGUGAUUAUAAUUUUAAUUUUAGACAAAUAUUAUUAUAUAAAUAUUGAUUUUACCAAACAA